CAACCAUUUUCGCAGAUUCCGGCUCCAACCUGCGCAGGCCACGUCACGCUGCUCCUUUCCUGCGGAAGUGACGACACAGGGCAGUUUGUCCAAUCCCGGCGGGGCUUGUGCCGAAUGUGGAGCGCCGGAGUUCCCUGUACGGCAUUGGCAUGGUAGCGGGGCUGAGGUGCCGGUGUCAGUGAGCGGCGGACAUGUCCGUGCUGUACGCGCUGACCUGGCGCCUCUUACACCUGCUGCUCACUGUACAGCGGGCGCUGCUGGCAUGGCUGCGGCUCUGGCACUGGCGAGUGUGGCGGGCGGCGGGUGCCCUCCUCUUACCCCCUGAUAUCACCUACCAGGAGCGGGGGCCCCGGGAUGUGAGCGGCCGCUGCUCGUGUGUGCAGUCCCCGGACAAUACCUACCUGCGGCAGCGCUGUGAGUGCGCUUAUCUGCACCGGGACCUCAGCGCCCAGCAGCGGGACGUGCUACUGCGCAGCCGGGACCGGGCGAAGCUCCACAAGCUCCCCAUACACAUCGGCCUGCUGAUCGGCGAGGAACAGGAGAGCUACACGGACGUGGCCAGCCUGGUGCUGUGGUGCAUGGCGCUGGGCAUCUCCUAUGUCAGCAUCUUUGACCCGCAAGGGAUCUUCAAACAGAAUAGCUCCAGACUUAUGGAUGAAGUAUUAAAGCAACAGAAGGAGGAGUGUUCCAAGUAUCCACUUGAAUAUGCAAAUGGCAGUGCCGACAGAACGGAUAAAGCGUUUCGUCAUUUGCCUGUGCUAAAAGUGCUGUCUCCAGAGGACGGGAAGCAAAACAUGGUGAAAGCUGCUCAGACAUUUUGUCAACUUGUAGCAGACAAACAGAAGACACCGGCAGACUUGGAUGUAGAUGCCUUCGACCACCUUUUAAGAAGUACGCACAACUUCCCAGACCCAGAUCUAAUAUUAAAGUUUGGCUCUAUCAAUAGCACAUUAGGUUUUCUGCCAUGGCAUAUAAGACUUUCAGAAAUUAUUUCUCUACCAUCUCAUGUCAAUAUCCAAUAUGAAGACUUUUUCUACGCUCUCUGCUGCUACGCAGGCUGUGAGCAGCGGCUUGGGAAGUGACCUCUUUCUGUUUGGCCUGUUCAAGCUUCCUCCAAAAGGGACUCAGUGCAUCUGUUUACAAGCAAUCUGUGAUUCAGUCAGUCUGGUUCACAGUUUGUACCCUGGAUAUGGUCUUGUCAUUUACCAUAGACCUGCCUAUAAUGGUGUCCCUAUCAUGCAAAGUAAAGUGUUCACAGCUAUUCUGGAAGUGGAUAUGGUUUAAAAAUGUAUCAGUUUUGUUUCCAUGGAUCAGGACAGCUUUUGCCCAUGUAAGUUGAAGUGAGGUCUAGUACUAUUUACAUUAAUAAGGACAAUGCGGUUACGUUUUUUGCUGUAGUGCCCAUCUGCCCUCCAUAUUGAGCUAUUAAAGGAGUACUCUGAACAAAAUGGAUUUUCUUUGUUAUGCCUGCUGCGGGGUCCAGGGGCCCAUUGCAUGACACCAGGAAUCUAUGGUUCUCUAUGGCAGGUCCUGCACUUGGCACAACACAGUUGGUCAGUUCUGCCCAGAGUAUUCUUAUCAGAUAAAAAAUACCCAAAUAUACUAGUGCUGGGUAACAGCACCCAUCUUGUUAUCGUUUCAUAUGAAUAUGCACUGCCAACACUAAAUCUGAGUGACACAUCCAGGUCAGUCUGUUUUCUCCAGUCAGUGACUUUUUGCUAUCCAAUGGCUUGAACAUAUUCAAGACUUCUUGGCCUGGGUAUUUUUUUAUUAGGGUAUCUGAAGCACACCCUAGGGAAAGAUUGUUUUGGGGAACUAUAGUUUCCACUAAUGGUUUCCUGUAAUUUGGGUAUAUUUUGUGGCAGACUGUGGGUGGAAUUUUAUUACACCAUUUGCGCUAGUUUUAAUGAAUAUUUGUGCCAUAAUUUGGGACUUUUUACUUUAAACGUGGAUGGGGUUUAGCUGGAGGGACACAACCAAUGACAGUCCAACAAAUUAAGUUUUAAGCCUGAAAAUGGCACAGACAGCAGCACAACUGAACAUCGGUAGAUAGUAGGUGUGAGUUUCAUUUGGGAAGCGGUUCUAUAUAAAUUUGGCACUUUUUAUUCCAAAGCACUUCAGUUUAAGACUGGUGUCAGAAAUGCCAGUCUAUGUAGGUGUCCCCCCCAUGUACCUAGCUUAAUAAUUUGGCAAUACUGUAAUUUGUUAUUCCUGGGGCUAUGGUUAUUUUUUUUAUUUAUUCGAUGUUGGCUGCCAUGUAAUGUAUUCUUCAAACAAAACAUUUUUAGGGGAAACAACUCCUUUAGUAGCUCAUCUUUGCCACCUUUUUUUUUAAUCAUUACUUUGUAUCUUCCAGAAUUGGUUGUUCUGUUGCUGUGGAGUAUGCCAAGAUGCAGUAACCUUAUUGAAAAAAGUGUCGUAUAGUGACAAAAAACAAAACCUGUGCCACGUGGAGAAUUUGUUUAUACUAAAAAAAUAUUAAAAAUCUAAAAUAUGAUAAA